AUGAUGACAAGUGAAACCUCUCCUCGCACCGUCCGAUUCUCACAAGGCGAAGAGGACCACUCGCGUCCCGAUAAACUCAAGAACCAUCGUCCCCAGCCCAUCACCCUCGAUUCCGACAACUCGGCCUCAUCUGGCGAUUCACAAGGCGACCCGCAUGCUCUCGAGAGUCAAGAUGCGCUAGGAUCACUCGGCAGAUACACCGAGACUUCGAGUCAUUCGGGAUCCAUGUCGUCACUUGUACCUAACUCACUGGCAAACGGCAUGGGCGGCCGCCGCGAUGGAGGUGUGGUGUACACCAAUGGAAACACCGGCCGGCCUCAGCGGCCAACGGCGCCGGCGAGGACUCCUUCCAACACCUAUCAGCCGCAACGACGACCAGCCCAGCCGCCUUCAUACAUCCAUACCGGCUCCGAUCAUCGAUCCGCCUCGAAGCCCCGUUUAGCAGGUAGCUCUACCUUCCGAGCCCAGGAGCGAGAGUACGUACGCCGGCUCCGGCAGCAGGACUAUGCGAACGACUACUUUGACCCCUAUUCGAACGCGGAUGGCUAUCCCGAUUCCGAUUCUGAGGGGGAGACCCCCUCGUCGGAAGGUCCUUUCGACGACCGUUACAACCAAGAAAUUAUCAUGUUCUACAACAAUGAUGAUAUGCACCCAACAGAUGAUGAUCUGCGGGAUCCGACGAGCCGGGAAAGAUUGGAGUGGCAUGGCAUGCUAGCAGCGGUGCUCACAGGAGAUGUAGUUCGUCAAGAGAAGAAGCGCUUGAUUGGAUCCUCGGAGGAGCAGACCGGGAAAACGGCGCAGAAGGCGGAGAUGUGGAUGGGCAUCCGGGCCAGAAUCUGCGGCAGAUAUCUGCCCAUGCAGAGAAGGAUGAUCGAGGAUGCGCGUGGCACCCUUGAUCGGCUGAUUGAUGAGAUUAUCAGCUUCCAGAUUGCGGGGGAGAGCGAAGCAGGAAAGCCUCCAAUUGAUCAGGUUCGCGAUGUCGUGGACAAGAUUGAGAAGGUGGAAAGCCAGUACCCUUCAAGGUCCGCGCUCCUCGCCGCACACAAAACGGCGCACUCGCCCCUAUACGAGGAAGCUUGUGAUGCCGUGAUAUCAUGGUACAACACAAGCGAGUUGAUCAACACCGAAUUGUCGAUUUUGAAGAAGUGGGUUGGCAACGACGAGCUUGACUUUGCGAGGACGCGCGAAAAGUCGCCUAGCGGGAACGGCCUAAGCGACGAGUCUUCAUUUCUCGACAGACUCAUGAAGGAGGACGGCCUCAAGUCUCUCCACGAACACUAUGAGGAAGAGGGGCGAAGCAAACGGAGGAGUAUGUUGGAGGGCAUCUCAACCACCAUUAUGAAAGCGAAGGAGACGCUCAUCCAUAACUCGGAGGCUUUCCGGAAACGACACCUGCCACCAUAUAUCGAGGAUUUGCUUACUCUUAUCAGCUUUCCCUCGCGCCUCAUCGAAGAGAUUGUUAAGGUCCGUCUCGCCUAUGCGAAGAAAAUGAAGGAGUCGGCGCAGCAAAACCCUAUGAUGCAGGAUCAGAUGAUUUCUCAGUUUCAGGUGCUGCUGAAAUUGGCCAUCAAGAUCAAACAGGAAUAUGUCGCCAUCUCGCAGCCAGAGCCUGGCUGGGAGCUUCCGCCCUGCAUCGACGAGGCCUUCGACCAGGUCGUUCUCGAUGCGUUGAAGUAUUAUUUUAAGAUGCUGAAUUGGAAACUCAGCGGGAACAAGAACACCUUCAAGGAGGCAGAGUUGCUCUUCCAGGAGUGGGAGUUUGCAAAUGAGAUCGGUAGGCAUCUCGACCACGGCGAUAUCGAGGUUGCCGAGCAAUUCAGCUCCCUCACGUUCAAGGCUCUCAAUAGGCUGAGUGCAACGUUCGAGAGAGAACUGCAACGCAAACCAAAAGAAACAGGGUCAGAGAUGAGCAAGCGAUACAAACAGCUGCUCGAUUCCGUUCGUGUACGCCAGCGUAUGUUGCAACGUUUCUCCAGAAUGUUGAGCGACAACUACGAAAACGCGUCCGAUCUCAGCAUUGCAAUGGAUCCUGAUAGGCUCAACCAUUUCUACGACCGGUUGGCGAGCUCUGGCCACUUCCAGGUGUUUACCGGCAGUAUCGAGCACGAAGGAAUCGUACUCAUCGCGUCUCCAAGCCUCCAUGGACGACCCGAGGAGAUCCAAUCGCUCAUGGGAACUACAUCCUAUGAGCAGGUGACAGAGGAUCCUUCGGACCCGUACAUCCUCAUCAUGCGUCCGGAAACGCCUCCUCUUUGGUACGGCUCGAAGAUAUCUCUGACAGUCAGAGAGGAGCCGAUUGAUCUGAAGGUCGGCAAUAUCAGACUGAUUGCUGGCGGCUCCCAGGCACGUCUUGCCAAUGCGCGCAAGGCCUUUCUCGAGGAUGUCGACAUGCACCUCGACUUGGUUGUGGAACAACGUUCGAAUCUUAAGAAAGUCAAUCUGAAACUCAUGGAGAUCCGCCGGACGGCUUUCAAGCUCUCAAACACAUUCAUGGACAGUGUCGAGAAGAUUCGAGAACAGACCAAGGGACUUGAUUGCCAAGAACUCAUCCAGAGCUGCUUCGUCUUUGCCACGGAGUUUGGACAGCGCUCUCUCCUGUUGAUGGACACCAACAGGCGGCAAAUGAACAAUCUGAAACUCACCAAACUGGCGCUCGACUGGGUGAGUUUCAUCUGUGAUGACUGCGUGUCUUCUGAUCGAAAGACGUUCCGCUGGGCUGUACUGGCCCUGGAGUUCGCCAUGGGCAUGACCCGUGGGAGACAUAUCUUGGCACUCGGGGAGGAUGAAUAUGCCAGGCUGCGAGGCAAAGUGGCCGGCUGCAUGUCACUCCUGAUUUCCCACUUUGAUAUCAUGGGAGCAAGGUCAAGCGUUGCAGCCCAAGCAGAAAGACAACGCAUGGAGCAAAUCGCCAGUUCCAAGCGUCUUGACAAGAACAAGUUCUUGAAUGACGAGGAGGCUUCCACGCUUGUCGUCAACUCUCGCCUCGAGGAAUUGGAGAAGAUAGAUGAGUUCAGAAAGCAGAUCCAGUCAGAUCGCUCUGCCCUGGGUCGCGUUCUGGAGGCCUCAAACGAGGUCGAUCGGUCCCUGGCCUACCUGUCCUCGACAGCUACAAACUUCACGAUGAGAUGGCAACUGGGUCAUUUUGUCGGCGGUGGCACAUUUGGCAACGUCUAUGCUGCCAUGAACCUGGACACCGGCCAUCUCAUGGCCGUCAAGGAGAUCCGUCUGCAAGAUCCAAAGCUCAUCCCCACCAUUGCGACUCAGAUCAAGGACGAAAUGCGCGUCCUGGAAUCCGUGGACCAUCCCAACGUGGUCUCGUACUAUGGAAUCGAAGUUCACCGAGACCGCGUGUAUAUUUUUAUGGAGUUCUGCUCUGGCGGAUCUCUUGCCAAUCUGCUUGAGCAUGGCCGCAUCGAGGAUGAGCAAGUGAUCAUGGUCUAUGCCCUGCAGCUUCUCGAAGGUCUCAUGUAUCUUCACGACGCCAAGAUCGCCCAUCGCGAUAUCAAACCUGAGAAUAUCCUGCUCGAUCACAACGGUAUAAUAAAGUACGUUGAUUUCGGAGCGGCUAAGGUUAUCGCGCGUCAAGGUCGGACUCUCGUUCAAGACCUCACGAGCACCAAGCCCAACAAGUCCAUGACGGGCACGCCCAUGUACAUGUCUCCAGAAGUCAUCAAGGGCGAGAACCCAGGCCACUUCGGUGCCGUCGACGUCUGGUCAUUGGGCUGCGUCAUCCUUGAAAUGGCCACGGGACGGCGUCCCUGGACCAAUCUCGACAACGAAUGGGCCAUCAUGUACAAUAUUGCACAAGGCAAUCCGCCCCAGCUGCCGACGACAGACCAGCUGAGCCAGCAGGGGAUCGACUUCCUGAAGUGCUGCUUCACCAGGGACUCGACAAAGCGGGCGACGGCGGUAGAGCUGCUUCAGCACGAGUGGAUCAUGACUAUUCGCAAUAGAGUUGUCGAGCCAGCCACGCCUAGUGAUACCAGCUCAUCGGCACAGUCUACUCCCAACAUCGCCACGUCAAGCGGGAGGGGUAGUGCAGGGGUCGAUGGAUUUUAUUAG